UAAAUUGAACCAGGCCACAUACUUUUUUUUGAAGGAUAAUAAUAUUAAAGAACCAAAGAUCAAGUAGGCACCAAGGCCCUUACAUCAUUCAUAACCAAAGGCAUAACUGACCGGGAACUUCAUCAAUCCAAACUGAAUCUCCAAAGUCCCUCACACGCCUAGUCAAAAGGAUCCAAGCCCAAGCACUCCCUGAUGUACGUGGACACGUAGAGCCAUUCAUUCCCAGUCAGACAUUUACACAAACACAUCAACUGCAGCAACUCCCUCUCUCGUCGAAAACAGUGAGUGAUGGCGGGGCAGUCACGGAAGUGGAUGAUACUGGUGGCGACGAUAUGGAUUCAGGCAUUCACCGGCACCAAUUUCGAUUUCUCCGAGUACUCCUCCGCCAUGAAAUCUGUCCUCAACAUUUCACAAGUUCAACUCAAUUACCUCGCCACCGCCAACGAUAUGGGCAAAUUCUUCGGCUGGUCCUCCGGUCUCGCUUUCUCCUACCUUCCCCUCACUGUCGUUAUGUUCAUUGCUGCUUCCAUGGGAGUCAUUGGUUAUGGGCUUCAGUGGCUUGUCAUUGAGAACAUCAUCACUUUGCCUUAUUUUCCGGUCUUUCUUCUAUGUCUGUUGAGUGGCUGCAGCAUUUGUUGGUUCAACACAGUAUGUUUUGUUCUCUGCAUCAAGAACUUCCCAGUUAACAGACCUCUAGCACUAUCACUAACUGUGAGCUUCAAUGGGGUAAGUGCAGCACUCUACACGCUCGCUGCCAAUUCAAUCAACCCCUCAUCCGAUAAACUGUACCUUCUUUUGAAUGCCGUUCUCCCCAUUCUCACUUCCAUUGCAGCAUUAGGCCCAAUUCUUCGCCAGCCACCCUUAGACUCUCUUUCGCCAAAUGCCGCUCGCAAGAACUCAGUGAUAUUUCUCAUACUGAACUUCCUAGCCGUUUUCACUGGCCUUUACCUCCUCCUCUUUGGCUCAUCAACUUCCGAUGAAACCAAAGCGCGGUUCUACUUUGGUGGAGCCAUUUUGUUACUCAUUUUGCCUCUUUUCAUUCCUGAAAUCAUAUACGCUCGAGAUUGGUUUCACGAUGCUCUUCAUUCUAGCUUUCGGGUGGAAAGCUCUGGCAGCUUCAUUCUUGUUCAUGUCAAUGAUCUGGAGCUUCACAAAGAACUCCUUGCAAAUGAAAACAGUGCUCUAAGCAAUGGAGAUGAUCACAGCCUUUUGAGUGAGAAUGGAUCAAUACUUGAUAGUCAGAGGGAGAGAAAUAGUGUUGUGAGUCGUGAGAAGAUUCUUGGUAAGGAUCAGUUGACAAUGCUGGGAGAAGAGCACUCUGCUUCAGUGCUUGUCAGAAGGUUGGACUUUUGGCUUUACUACGUUGCAUACUUCUGUGGAGGCACAAUUGGUCUUGUCUACAGCAACAAUCUGGGACAGAUAGCUCAAUCUAUGGGCUUGAGUUCAAAAACAUCUACCCUUGUCACAUUAUACUCAUCCUUCUCCUUCUUUGGCCGCUUGCUUUCUGCCACACCAGACUAUAUUCGAAAUAAGUUCUACUUUGCAAGGACUGGAUGGCUAACAAUUGCACUUAUACCGACCCCAAUUGCGUUGAUCUUGCUUGCUGCUUCAGAGAGUGCUGCAGCACUCCAUGCAGGCACUGCACUGAUUGGUUUGAGUUCCGGUUUUAUAUUCGCGGCUGCUGUGGCAAUUACAUCUGAGCUGUUUGGGCCAAACAGUGUGAGCGUCAAUCACAACAUUCUCAUAACAAACAUCCCGAUCGGGUCCCUUCUCUACGGUUUUCUAGCUGCGGUAGUUUAUGAUGCCAAUGCUAACUCAUCAUCAGCAACUGGAACAUUAAUGUCUGACUCAUCAGUGUGCAUGGGAAGGCAGUGCUACUUUUGGACAUUUGUGUGGUGGGGAGGCAUAUCUGUCCUGGGACUAGCUUCUAGUGUGCUCUUAUUCUUAAGAACCAAGCUUGCAUAUGAUCGUUUUGAGAGACACCGGAUUUCAGCACAAUCAACUGUGUCUUAACUGCAGGGACUUGCAGAGUGAAGAUGAUAUAAUGGUUGAUACUUGAUAGCAGAAGCUUGAUUUGGAGGCAAAGCUAAUGCAAUGGUGAAUUUUGAUGAGCAUAUAUAUUCAGGAUCUAGACUCAGAGGCCAAAGGCUUGAGGAUUUCAUUUUUCUCUCACAAUUCACCAAACAUUUAAUUAGAAAAGGACAGAGCUUCGGACCUCAGUGCAGUCUGAGGAGGAAUGUGUCAAUGAUGUCAGAUCUUCAUGAAGUGCAUGUUCGGAAUACAAAAUAAAAACUGAGAGAAGUUGCUUCGGUCCACCAUGAUUUUACCUCACCGUAAUUUUCUAACGUGUAUCCAAACAUGCAUGAGUUGUGUCUGCAACCAUGAUUUGAGGAUUUUUUUGUACAAGACUUGAGGAUAAAUGUACACUGCUUUGCUCAAGGUUUUACACGUUAUAAUAAGAUUACGAUUAGUUUA